GGUCUUCCUACUGAAUUCGUUCCCGGGAAUAGAAUCCGACGUGAUAUAUCGACGUCAGCACGAGGGCGGUCCCACGGAGAGAGAUGGUGGGUACUGUAUGUUAGCCAAUCGCCUUUUUCGCGAUUCGUUGAUGGUCGGAACAUGUCUCCAAGCGCUUGAGCUUCACAUAUUCUAGCUUUCCUAGUCACCACACGCCUACGACUGUAGAAUUUUACAGCUGCGCCGAGGCGUAGACCGGGUUACCUUAUUCCUCUGUCUGUCCGCCGAAGCCAGCUGACUUCCUCCGGCAUACUUUGAAAAAAAAAGCCUCUUACUCCGGAUUCGCGAGGAACAUUUCCUUGACGAAACAAGAAGAAAAUAAUUGAACGCCGACUGUGCGACCACCUUAAGAACCAAAGGAAGAUGUGUCCCGCCGCGACCGAUCUCCCUCCCUCCUCGGACGUCGAUGGCCAUGAAGACAAGUCCUCGACGACAGCACCACCCUCACCGCCGCCGUGCACUCCGAACGACCCCAUCUGCCGCGCCGCCUACCGCCACGCCCACGAGAACCUCCACCCGGCCAUCCUCGCCCACAGCCUCCGCGUCUACACCUACGCGCGGGACAUCUCGGCGUCGGAGGCGACGGCCUACAGCGAGCCCCACGCGGUGGAGAACACGUUACUCUACGUGACGAGCCUCUUCCACGACAUGGGCACCUCUCCACGAUAUGACAGCGAUACGGAAAGCAGCACGACGCGGUUCGAAAUCGCCGGCGCCGACGCCGCGCUGGGGUUCCUCUCGGGCCCUGACAUCCCCGACGGAGACGUGCUCGCCAGGCUGUGGGGCCGCGAGGUCUGGCUGGCGAUCGCGCUGCACACUUCGCCGCAGAUCGCGGAGCGGAGUUCGGCGCUGGCGAGGCUCUUGCGGUUGGGUGUGAGGAUCGACUUCGGAGGGGAAGGGAAGGUGCGGAUGUUGGAUGAUCUGUUGGCGAUGGGGAGGGAGGAUGGCGCUGGUGCUGGUGCUGGUGGUGCGAAGGAGGUGAUUGCUCGGACGGAGAGGGAGUUUCCGAGGGACGGGAUCGAAAAGGUCCUGGGCGAUGCUGUCACGGAUCAGGCGUUGGUGCACCCGGAGAAGGCGCCGAUGGUGUCGUGGCCGGGGGUUUUGUUGAGGAGUAAGAGGGAGAAUAUGGAGUGGGAGGGGGUGAACAAAGCGUUCUGAUGAUAACGAUGGUGAUGAUGAUGAUGAUGAUGAUGAUGAUGAUGAUGAUGAUGAUGAUGAUGAUGGUGUGCAAAUGAACAUAUGACGAGAUGUCCCAAUCUCUCUCCCUCCCUCCCUUUGUCUUUGUUUGGAUCGGAGACGAGAUCUGCAAGAUGAUCAAGUACUGCAGAAAAGCUUUCAUUGAUUGAUAG